CUUGCAAUAGGCUUGAUAUGUUGAAACAAAUAGGGUCCAACGCUGAAGUAUUGCAGAGGGAACAAGGAGUACCACAAGUCAACCACAGAACCCGUAAAGGUCAUGGGUUCUUCAGAUAUCGAGGUCUAUUUAAAAUGAAUAAGAAGUCUUUUUUUGGUGUUAUCUAACAUGUUAAUGAGGUUUAACUUUAUGUUGAUGUUGAAUUUUGAAAAAUAUAAUAUGAUUUUUAGCCUCUCUGACUGGCAAAUCACUUCAGAUCUGCUGCUGUAUAACUUUUGACAGUGUGACUGAGGAACGUUUUAAUAAGGUGCCAUUGAGGUUCUGGAGGAACUGGCUGGAUGACAUUGUGUUCAUAGCUGUCUGCAUUCAUGAAGCAUCACACGCCCUAUCAAGUAACUUUGGAAACUUUUGUCUAUAGAGAAGAGGAAGAAAGAAUGGACACCUGACGUCGGUUCUUCAAAUCUAAUCGAUGACUCUGAUGUUAAAACUCAAGCCAAGUGACGUUUUUUUCCAACAUUUUUGGCUGCUGCUCAUUUAGGCAAACAGCUUUGAUCAAGCAGUCAAUGCAAGGACGCACUCCCUCGUCAUCUUUGGUCAUUCAUCAGGGCAGUCACAGCUGGCCCAUGGAGGACAGAUCAGACAGUCCGAUGGCUGUGAAGGUGGAGGAGCAUUCUCAGUGUGUCAUCCUGACUUACUUCCAGGGGGACAUCAACAGCAUGGUGGAUGCUCACUUCACCCGUGCUCUCAGCAAAGUCAAGGCCAAGGCACCAGCAGUAAAGACAAAGAAAAUCCGUAAAACUGUUAAACUGGAGGAAACCAGACCCUCUCGGGAGAGUGCUGUUGACUCUUGCUCAGAGUCACAGGUCCCUCCUGUAGCAGGAUGUCUCCUGACCUUCAGCCCUGCAGAAGAUGAUCCUGGCUCAUGGCACUCGUUCACUGCCAGGGCAGGAGAGGGCCCAGGAUCGUCGUCCAUCACUUACUCCCUGUCCCCAGAAGGGUUGAGUCUUACUGGACAGCAAUACGCCACAUCCCUGCUCAACCUACUGCAUAAUGACCGGGGUGAGAUGAGACCCAGCAUGGCCUCCACCUCCAAGCCAGAACUGCUUCCCAGCUGGACGAUGCCACAAGGAUUUAGAGAGUCCAUGGACCCUGCUGUAGACUAUGAACCUGGACGGCGUCUGGACAAGAAGGACUUGUACUGGUAUUGAAGAGAGAGCGGCUGGAGCCGCAGAGACAGAGAAUGGCUUAACUACACCACAUACUUUUUGGAUCUGUUAAGCCACAUGGUAUUCUGUUCACUCUAGUGGCUGUUAGAUGUUUUCUUGUCAAACAGGCCUCUGAGUGUCAUCUGAGAACACACACAGAAGAAACAGCAGUGCUUCCAUUCCCCUCCCCACUCUCUCCAUUUCUCAGUGAAAUGACUUCAGCACCUCAGCAUGUACUAACUUGAACAACCUUUCUGAAAGGGAACACUCUUAGACAAACCUGUUCUUCAACUCUGUCUUUCCUCUUGUAGAUCUCAGAGCACUGUAUAUGUUGUUGCUCCCUUUGUGGUGGAGUUGGAUGAAGGGCAUUUUCUUGUGCCUUUUUCAGGCACUUCUCUUAGUGGGCCUACACCAGUAAAUAGACCAGUAUUAAGUUAAAGUGUGAACAUUGUGAGCCUCUUGAGUGUAUAAAUAUUGAUGCUAAUGACUGUCUACUGUUCACCUAGAUGAGUUUUACUAGCUAUGAGAAUAUUUUAUAUAUCCAAGCAAGCAAAAAAAUGAAGGAUAGUGAUGUUAUGUUAAAGACUUGUUUUCUGUAAUCUUUUUUUAACACAAUAUUUUAUUUAAUUUUUUCGAGAACAGAAUGUAAUACAAAACACCCAUUACAACAAACAUAGGUUCGAGCAGAUCACAAACCCUAAGGGGUGGAAAAAAAACAAACAGGAAAAACAGCAUGGCAUGUAGUCAUACACAUUACAUGGGAAGACAUUAUACAGAGACCUCAGAGCUUGGAUACAUUUCAAGGAUCAGGGAAUACACAACUAAUGCAAAGCAGUAAAACACCACGGAGAGAGCAUUAGACAUUCACGGGGGCACUUGAAUGAUGCAGUUUUCUGUAAUCUUAAACUUACAGCCAUCUUGAAUGUAAUGCACGGUACAAAAAUGGAAUCAUAGACAAACUUUAAUAAACAUGUAUCUCAGCAGUCAAAAAAACAUCACUCAACGUUGAACACAGAUAGUUACUUAAAUAUAUUCAUAAUGUGAAAUAACCUCUAAAGUUAAAAAGUAUCAAAAACCAUACUUUCGCUGGCUUUGCAAAGUAAUUAGCAUCAGAUAGCAAACCACACAAAUUUAUACUGACACCUGAUGAUUUACUGUACAAUAUUUUUGAUAUACAAAUACAUUAAAGACACAAGAUCAA